AUGAACUGGCUCGUGUUCUUCGCGCUCCUGGAAGCGGCUCUGGCGGGAAGCGGCUGCAACGAGGUUGUGCAGGACUUGGGUCCCUGGGUAGAUUCCGCCAGUGUGGAGAAGACCGAGGAGGGCUUCUCUCUCUCUUUGGUCCUCGUCGGGGGCGACGUGGCCGCCUCGUCCACGGAGUCGGUGGAGCUCCUCAUCGGGCGCCAGGCGGAAGGGCACACGAGGCACUUCGUACUGCCAAAGGCUGCUGCCCGAAAGGGAGGCAUCCUCGAAAUCAGAACGGAGGAAGACUUGCUUGGUGGAGUUGGUGAUGGCAGCUUUUCCAUGCAGGCCACGCUCGCUGAGGUCAACGGCAACAAUCACGGCCCCGAAAGCCUCUCCUGUCGCAGGGAGGCAGGGCGCAGCACUUGCCGCCGCACAGAGAAGAAGUCGCCAGCUGGAGUCUCGCCUUCGUCGAUGGCCGGAGAGGGCGGGCACAUGAUGAGGGGCUCUGGUGCAGGCAUGCAAGGUGCAGAGGGCAUGCACCAAGGAAUGCAUCAGGGGCCCAUGCCCAUACCCAGCCAGAGCCCGAGCCAAAGCAGCAUGCCUUGGACCAAGCCGCCGCGGGGCGAGUGCCAUCCCAACUCCGCACCUUGCCCGGCGGGCAGUGCUUGCAAGGCCUCUGGCGAUGGCAGCUACAUCUGUGUCAAGGUCAUGGGCAAACUGGCAGAUGGCAACCUCUCCACUGUUCAGACCAUGACACGGAGCCGUGCCUUCGAAAACGACUCGGACAGCGACGAUGACUUGAGAGUGUGGUGA